GUCGUCGAGUGAACUACUGUCGCUUGUUGCUUCAAUAAUCGGAUGUUUUCGUGUGUUUUGUGUUCUAAAAAAUAAUUAUUAUCUGUACUUUUAAAUUUAGUGUCUCACUAUUUAUAUUCUAAGUGGAAUACAGUUUUAGUGGAACAUUAAAAUUUGAAUUGGUGUUUUUUUUUAUUGAAACUUGUGACCGUGAAGAUCUCAGCAAUUCGAAAAUCAGAUAAAGAGAAGAGAAAUGAAAGGAUUCAGCCAAUGCUAACAUUAAAAUCUACGCAGAGUUCGAUUCAGCGAAUAUUUUUUUGAUAAUGGCCGAAGAGAAAAAGAAAAAAGAUUCCAGUGCAUUGUUAUCGAAAAAGAAAAAAGUGAAGCCACGAAAAUCCCGCGAUGCAGACUGUUUGAGUGUCAAUUUCUUGAAGUGUGUUCUACAUAUUUUCAACGUUAUAUUUAUGUUUGCAGGUAUUGGAGUUCUAAUAGUGGGUGCAUGGACAGUGACGUCGCGGCAUAGAUUCGUGCCACUACUGCCAACUCCUACCUACCCCGCUAUCGCCUACCUGUUAGUGAUCGCCGGGGGCAUGGGCGUGCCCCUCUGCGCUCUGGGCUGCUGCGGUCUCAAAACUGAAAACAGAACUAGUUUACUCUGUUACACGUACUUCCUGCUGUUUACCUUCAUAUUGGAGCUAGGUGCAGGCGGUCUGGCCUAUUACUACGAGGUGGCUGUCGAAUUCGAACUGAAAGCUGAACUGAACAAUACGUUCAUAGCUAACUACGCACUAGACGUAGUUGUUACAGAUGCAGUCGACCUCAUGCAGUCAGAGUUUAAAUGUUGCGGGGCGUCGAGGUACUCCGACUGGCGACGCAGCGCAUGGCACCAGCACGACCCGCGCCUGCUGGUGCCAGACUCCUGCUGCAAGACGGUCACCUCGCGCUGCGGCAUGCGAGACCACCCCUCCAACAUAUACCAUAACGGUUGUGUGACACCGUUUACGAGUCACAUACGGGAGCAUCUGAUAGUUCUCGCAGCUGUAGGUGUGGGGAUGUCAGUCAUACCUAUAUUCGGCUUUCUCUUCUCUUGCAUCCUCUAUGUUAAAAUAAAGCACGUGAUAGACUGACAGCGGCAGAAGCAAGCCAAGCCGGCUGCCAACAGAAAGGUGUUCGAUAAGUCUGCCAGCUCCGGAGACCUCACCAAGUUCCAGAACCUCGGCCCGCGCAGACUGAAGCCUCCAGAACGUUCUAGAACGAAACGCAGCUCGCGCCGCACUCCUUGUCCUCUGCAUCAUAAGAAACAACUACCCAUUUCUACAAUCAGUGAUAAUGUUAGUAUAUAAUUUUUUUUUAUUAGGAAUUC